GCUACGGAAAAUCAACUUUCAUCAGAUGACCCGCCCUCGUCGCCACCGCAGCCAGACUCUUGCGAGCGUCCGGCGACAGCACACGCAAGUGCUUCUCCUUCAUUAGGUCGUGGAACUUCUUAUCCUCCUAUUCCACCUUCUGCCGAACGCCCUUUCACUGUUCACGGUACCUCGAGUACACGUGCUGCAUUCGCCGCAAGCCCAUACAAUUCUGCAAGCGCGCGGACAUCGUUUACUCAUGUCGACGUCGACAGCGCUCCGACCUUUGGAGCGUACCCUCCCCUUCCGAAUUCAAAUUUGGGACAAGCUGCGGCAGACACUGUAGUUGUGCCGUCUGUCGCAGAUGGACCUACUGCACCCGAAAAUAUUGUACCUCAGACGCCUCAAGUGUCUCUGACAUUCCUCCUUGUCUCUGGCCGAAGGCGGACUAUGUCGUUCGAUCCGGCGAUAACGAUUGGAAGGGUCAAAGAGCUGGUGUGGAACGCGUGGCCUGCAGAUUGGCAAGAUGAAAGUCCACAGGCCCCGUCGCAUUUGCGGAUUCUUUACCUAGGCAAGAUUCUGCAAGAUGAGGACACUCUUACUCAUCUUUCAUUCCCAACUUGUCUACCACCAGAUUCGUCUUCCGUGCCCACAAUUGUUCAUCUUUCCAUUCGCCCCUCCAAUAUCUCGACGAUUGACGAUACUAUGAAGAAGAGACGGCUUAGCAAUGCAUUUUCCCGGAGGGGAGCUGACACCGACAUUGCACACGAAGGUGCCGACAAUGACGUGGGAUCGGGAUGUUGUUCUGGAUGCAUUAUUUGCUAAUGUGGGCAGAGGCCCCGACGAUUUAGAAGAUUCAUCGGUUUAGUCUGGGAGCCAAGAUGGAUGAGGUCAUGCUAACAACAUACGGAGGAGGACUGACUUUUAUCAACAUGCUGCUCGAGCGACAUAAUAUAUUAUUGCAGCUAAUACAUUCUGUACACAUUUUACCUUUAUGACAUUGUACUUACUUGCAAUCCCCAUAUGGUUCUGAGUCAGCC